UGAAAUUAUGCAAUAUUUAACUAUGAAGAACAGUGCAAAAAAUCUCACUAUUAGAACAGCAGUAGUUCCACUUCCAGUACUUGUGGAAUUGAGAGAAGAAGGAAAUAAAAUCGUGUUUUCAGGACACGGUUCUAUCGCAAGGUUGCUUCUUACAAUACAAGAAGUUCUCGGAUUCAGUUUUGAAAUAAAAAUCAUUAAGGAUUAUGGAAUGAAUCUUAAAAAUGGAUCGUGGACAGGAAGAAUAGGAUCUCUCCACAGAAAUGAGUCGGAUAUAACAGUGCCUCACGCUAUGAGUUACCAACAUUCAAAACUAAUUGACUUCACUAUACCUUAUUGGAUUUCAGAUAUUAUAUUCUGUUUAAGAAAGGGUGAACAAAAAUCAAAACUGUAUGCUAUUACAUAUCCUUUUCAUAUAGAGGUGUGGAUUGCAACAAUCAUGACUUUUUUCGUUGGAUCGAUAUUUUUUUAUUUAAUUUUUAACGUGAGUGCAAAGUUUUAUUCUGAUAAAAAGACUUCUUUACAUGACAUCGUGAUGGCUCUAUUUGCUUCGUUUACGAAUAAAGAAAAUAAUAUUUUUCAACCUGCUGGAGAGAGUCGCAAACUGCUGGUAAUCAUGUGGAUUCUUGCUGUAUCUACUCUGGUAUAUAGCUAUAGCGGAUGUUUGAUGUCAUUUCUAUCAUUUCCUGGUUUAGAAGAUGUACCUAGGACAUUUCCCGAUUUAUUUCAGGCUGUAAAGAACGGACAUUAUACUUUGAGUACUAAUAUGAAAUCAGUAAUAGGAGUAGUGAUUAAGAAAGGAGAAACAGAAUCAACUGCUACUAUGAAAAAAUUUCUUACCGAAGGAAAAUUGGUGGAAAUAGAAAAAAGACAUUUUUUUGAAAGGAUGUUUGCAAUUAUAAGUUUCAGCAACAUCGUGUUAUUUAAUGUUAAGACAAUAGGAGAGGAAAAUUAUCUGUCUUCUACAGAUAAUCUGUUUAUGCAAUUUGUGUCAUUUGGCCUAAGAAAAAAUUUCCCCUUAAAAACAGAAUUUGAUCAAAUUUUGAGAAGAUGCCUUGAAGCAGGAUUACAAGAAAAAUUUGUUUCUGAUGAGAUACUUCGUUACAGCAAUGAAAGACAGUCGUUGUUCGUAGAACCUGAUGAUUUUCGUCCUUUAACAUUAAAUGAUUUGUUUGGAUCAUUCAGAAACCAUUUUUCGCGAAUUUCACAGAAUCUAAAACAAAAAUAUCUUCCGGCCAUUACUUCAAUACUUUUAAACGAUCCAGGAAUCACUAAAAUUCAGAAUAUUCAAAAUAUGCAAUAUUUAACUAUGAAGAACAGUGCAAAAAAUCUCACUAUUAGAGCUGCAGUAGUUCCAAUUCCAGCACUUGUGGGAUUGAGAGUAGAAGGAAAUAAAAUCGUGUUUUCAGGACACGGUUCAAUCGCAAAGUUGCUUCUUACAAUACAAGAAGUUCUGGGAUUCAGGUGUGGAUUGCAACAAUCAUGA